AUGAAGCAUAACAACCAACUUCCGAACGGCCACUUCCACAAGGAUUGGCAGUUGCGUGUUAAGACUUGGUUUGAUCAACCUGGACGCAAAAAGAGAAGAAGAAUUAAUCGCAUCCAAAAGGCUGCUCGGAUUGCUCCACGUCCUAUUGAACUUUUAAGGCCAGUAGUUAGAUGUCCGACUCUUAAAUAUAACACUAAAUUAAGAGCUGGACGUGGAUUUACUCUUGAUGAACUCAAGGAAGCUGGAAUUCGCCGUAGGGAAGCACUCACUAUUGGCAUUCCCGUGGAUCACCGACGUAAAAAUCGAUCCAAAGAAUCUCUUGAUCUUAAUGUUGAAAGGUUGAAGGCUUAUAUGGAAAGACUUAUCAUCUUUCCUAGAAAACCCUGUAAACCGAAGAAGGAUGAACAAAAGGAUAAAUAUGAGUUAUCAUCAAAGAAAAAGAAGACUGAAUAUGAGACCCAAAAAGCAGAGUUCGCCACUGCAGCGCAACAUAAAGGUCCCGUUAUUCCCAUUCGACAAGCAUUGGACGAAGAAGAGGCACGUCCCAUUACUAAUGAAGAAAAAGCAGCUAGCGCAUAUGCCACAUUGCGUAAAGCGAGGUCCGAUGCUCGUCUUGUUGGUGUGCGUGAGGCUCGCCGUAAAGCCAAAGAAGAAGAGGAAGCUGCCAAAAAGAAGUAA